UCAAUAAAUGAUUCAGAGCUUUAGAGAGACAACAUUUGUCAGACUACUUGUUGACAGAAACUAUUCAAAGCUUCUCUUCACCGUUUCAACCGCCACGACCAGACCGAGUACAACAGCUGCUCUACUUCAAACUCCAAAGGAAAUCAUGAGGAUCCAGUUUGCUUUGUUGCUGCUGCUUCCUGCUACUGUGCUCUGCAUCCCCCCGGCUUUGCUGGAGCGCCACAAAAAGUUUAUCAAUCAGCAUGUCAAAGGCGAGAUGAGUGUCAACAGAUGUGACGCUGAAAUAGGAAGCAGAAAUAUCAAAACCAUCAACAAUGAGUGUAAAGAGACCAAUACCUUCAUCGUCUCUACCAACAGUCCAAUCAAGACCAUCUGUGAGAAUGGAAUGCCGCUUGGUAAUGGCAUGAUGAAAAGCACGACCCCCUUCCAUAUUAUCGUCUGCAUUCUGCGAAACCAGGGAGCCAGGCCUCCUCACUGUCAGUACCGGGGUCAAGCUCGCACCAAUUAUAUUGCAAUCAAAUGUGAAGACGGCUAUCCUGUGCACUUUGAUGGGGACAUCUUUUAUUAUGAAAACUGAUGGAGUCAAAGUUGUGAAUGUGUUCUUGUUGAUAAUAAAAUACACUUGACAGCUAA